AAACUUCGCAUUCUCAUAUACAGAGACACGUGUAACAGGAGAUGUCAGAUCCCAGCAAAAGAGACGUUACAAUCUCCAAAGCACUGAGCUACCUGCUGCGCCACGGGGCUGUUAAAGAAGGGUUGACCAUCGAUUCCCUGGGAUAUGUCCCACUGAACCAAGUACUGGAACACAAGCGACUGAAGUCAUUGAAAGCUACAGGACAAGAUGUGGAACGUAUAGUUGCAAAUAACGACAAAAAGAGAUUCACCUUGAUGACAGCAGACGACGGACAAGUACAGAUCUGUGCUAACCAAGGCCACUCUCUUAAAAGUGUAGGUGACGACAACCUACAGCUUGUUGGCACUGAGACAGUGCCAUACCCUAAAGUGUUGAUACAUGGAACAACAAAACCAAAGGCCGAGCUUAUUGUGAAGACAGGUGGAUUGUCCAAGAUGAAUAGAAACCACGUGCACUUCACAGACCUUGAGAACACUGUGGGUAAACAGGUGAGUGGAAUCCGUGGGUUCAGUACCGUCCUGAUCUACAUCGACAUCGACAAGUUCAAAAAGAGUGGGCUGCAUCUGUACAAGAGUCUCAACAACGUCUAUCUCAGUCCAGGCAAUGACCAAGGGAUCGUACCAAGUGACCUGUUCCAAAAGAUAGUCGAUAGAAGCUCUGGAGAAGCCAUAUUACUGUAGUGCCAUACAGAGCCCGUUUGGUGAUGAUGGAAGUGCUCACAACACAUCCGGACACCCACAGUGGUCAGCUUCAUAUCCAUAGAGCUCAUGACUUUACAGAUGGAUAGAUGGGGAUAUUAGGCAAAUGUCUUUAAAAUCCACUGGGUUUCAAUCCACGUGGCACAGUUACUAUAAGGCAGUUAGAUUACCACCUCACGGGAACAUCCAUACACGGUGCUCAUGGUACUUCUUGCAAGCAGUCGCAAGGCGUUGUAUCCAAUGGUGCAGCACCAAUUCGAGAAGAAACUACCUAGAAAGCAGAGAGCCGGUAAAGGUGGUGGAAGCAAUAGAAAACCUCGAAUCACAAAUAUUGUAUACACAACAGCUCAUGUAUUGAUGAAUGUCUAGGGUAGAUAGCCAGAUCUGAUUACAUAAUAUGACGUAAUCGCUCUGCCACAGGG